CUGUUUGUAUUCUAUUAUCUCCCAAGUGAUAAAUUAAUAUUUAUAUAUAUGUAUAUAUAUAUUUUAUAAAUAAUAAAUAUCCAUUAAAAUAUACCAUCAUCAAUCAAAGUUAAAAUGUUUAAGACACUGGAGACAUUUGACACUGAAUUUUCAGCAGAUUCUGUGGAAUGGUGUCCAAUUGAAGGAUUCCAGGACUUGUUUGUCUGCGGUACUUAUCAAUUAUUUCCUGAAGAAAGUUCCGAAAAUUCGGUAACUAAAUCCUCAGGUCAGAAACGCUUGGGAAGAAUUUUUUUAUUCAAAAUUGUGGCGCCAGGAAAACUGAAGUUAUUUCAGCAGCUGGAGGUUCCAGCGGUUUUAGAUAUGAAGUGGGCGCACGUGAGGUGUCAAGAUAAAAUUUUACUGGGCGUAGUCAAUUCUCUAGGAUUGUUGCAAGUAUUUAAACUUGAUGAAGGUGAAGAAAGGAUUGAAUUGCUCGUAGAAACUAGUGUGUGUACCGAGGAUCCAGUGCUGGCAUUGUCCUUGGAUUGGAGCACUGGCAGAGGGACAAACGCUCAAGAUGUUAAAAUUACCGUGAGCGAUUCAAAGGGCUGCGUUUCCCUGUUUUCUUUUGGCCAAAGUAAACUCGAGUGUCUUUCAUCCCAAGAAGCUCAUGAAUUUGAAGCCUGGAUCACGGCAUUCGAUUAUUGGAACACUGAUGUCAUUUAUUCUGGAGGAGAUGACUGCAAAUUUAAAAAAUUCGAUUCGAGAGAAGGACUACAAAUAAUUGGAACUAAUAGAAGUCACGAGGCCGGAGUUACGAGUUUGCAUUCCAACGCGAUGGAAGAAUUUUCUCUAGCAUCUGGAAGUUACGAUGAAACUUUACGGCUGUGGGACACCAGGAACUUCCGAAGACCGGUAUCGGAAACAAAACUCGGAGGAGGAAUCUGGCGUCUGAAAUGGGACCCGUAUGACUGCAGGUAUUUGUUGGCUGCCUGCAUGUACAGCGGGUUCCGUGUCGUUGAUUGUCAGAGGAAAGACAAUCCCCAGGUGAUUGCCGAGUAUCACGAUCACCAGAGCAUCGCCUACGGUUGCGACUGGUCUUUCUUACCGGGCGAAAAAGUUACGGAAAUUCUGAGUCUGCCAGAAAAUCAGUCGACAGUUCAGACUUCACUUGCAGCCACAUGCUCGUUUUAUGAUCACACUCUUAAAUUGUCGACAAUUAAAUUUAAAAAUUGAAAUAAAAAUUAUAAAAUAAUUUAAAAUGCAACUUUCUGUGCGAUCAUUGGUACCUGAAAUAUCGAAGAUCAAAGCCAAAAGGAUCAUUUUCUGUUUGAAGGCUGACAUCUCUGCGACAAAUCGUCCUACGAGGUUAAAAAAAAAACCAAAUUGAAGCUGAAUAAAUUUGCUAAUGGAGCUAUGCAUUCGUUUAGUUGAAAGAAUUUUUCCGCGGUCCGUGGGCUCUUCGGAAAAAAAAAAAAAAUUUAGAAAUUUUUUGUCUCGCGGUACUUCUCAUAUUUGCGCAAUAACCGGAGCUUUUAAAAAAUUUUGAAAAAAAUGCACCAAAACUAGAGAUUUUAAGCUAUAAAAUGUUUUUUUUUUUUAAAUCUUGAUACGAUUAUUUUGUCACCAAGUUACAGCCUUCCAAAAAUCACUA